AUGGUGAAAUCGCUCUCAUCCGGCGAUAAAAAUAUUUCCAGCGGAGGGGGCAAGUGGGAAGGGUGUUUGCCAAUCCUUAACCCAAUCAUUGCAGCGGCUCGUGCGGAUUUCAAACAGCUCGAUGGCUUCCUGCAUCAGCGACGAUGCAAUGGGCGUAAGGGAGAAUCUGGAGACAACGGUGGAGGCCGAAAACUGGCGGGGGGCCGUGCUAGAACAUUGGAUACUCACGAAGAGGUUGCACAAUCACCCGUGAAGAUGUUCUCGCAUUAUGAUACCCAAAAUAUCCCACACAGACGCAAAAUGGAGGAUGCUCAUAUCUACCUUCCAUCCAUUACUCCUUCUCUAAGCUCACGAACAUCACUCAUUGCUAUACUAGAUGGGCAUGGUGGUAGCCUACAAGCUAUAAGUACAGUCUUGGAUAGAUUCCCUUGUAUAAUUGGUGAUGAGAUGGAAGGACAUCCCCCUCUCCCUGAAAAGGGAAGAAAGUCCAUCAAAGCAGUGAUGUCUGAUGCGUUCGCACGAAUGGACCAAGAAAUACGUCCAUGCACAUGGCGGAAUGGCCUAACUGCUACCGUGCUUAUCGUAAGAAGACAGAAAUCCAACAAGUUCAAUAAGAACAGCUGUGCAUUGAUCUGUGCUAAUGUCGGUGACAGCAGAGCCAUAUUAAUAGCCCCUAGUGGCCGAUUUACUAGACUCACAGAAGAUCAUCGACCUACUACGAAUGCUGCCGAAGCAGAUCGUGUGGUUCGCUGUGGAGGUAUGGUGCUAUUUGGCCGUGUGGGUGGGCAAUUGGCAGUGAGCAGAGCAUUGGGUGAUUGGUGCCUCAAGGAUGCUGGGGUUAUCUCUGAACCAAGUGUUAGUGUGAAGAAGGAAGUUAUACAAGGCUCGAUCAUCGUUGUCGCUAGUGAUGGUGUAUGGGACGUCCUUAAUGAUAGCGAAGUAGCUCGAUUUGUCAUCCAACACAUUGAUGAGGAUGAUGUAGCAGAGAAACUGGUAGGCCACGCCGUGUUGUCAGGGUCACGAGAUAAUUGCUCUGCUGCUGUAGCAUUGUUAUAG